AUGGUGGUGGCCGUCUCGCUCUGGCUCCUUGUUCUCCCCAUUGCGUCGGUUGUGCAGCCGACGCUGGCGCCCUACCUGCUGAAGGGCAUCCAGCAGGCGCUGAAGGUGGCGUCCCCGUGCUUCCUGCAGGUGACGCGUGUGAUCCUCAAGGUUGUCACGCUGCCGCUGCAGGUGGCGUAUCAGUGCAAGCUGAUGGUGAUGAGUAUUAUCCUGAGGGUGUGCGUGCGGCUCUCCCUGAGUCUUGUCUACGUCGGCUGGUACUCCAGCCUCAUGAAUGCUCUGAACAAGAUGUGCCUGUUCAAUGUCAUGUUUGCGCUCAUGCUUCUCGUGCCCCUGAUGCCGGCGGUUCUGCUGCUGCCAGGGACGCCCCUGGUGGCGUUGCGCGUGCUUCGGACGUUCGUCCUGGGCAUUUGGUCGGACACCGUCAUUGCUGACGCUUUGGAGGAGGCCCUCGGCGUCAUCAAGAAGUGCUCUGCCAUGGGCGACUCUGCGACGCAGACGCAAAUGGAGGCUGAGAUCACGGCGCUGCGCAAGUCGAUCACUGAGCGCAAGCCCGCCGUCACCAGGCACACUGCAACUGGCCGCGGGCUUGCACGUGCGCAGCAGAGGCCGUCCAAGAUGCAGGAGGACAUGGUCGUCCAGGGGAAGGCUGUCAAGGAGACCCAGGACCGGCGGAGAGGCGGCUCCCCCGAGCCGGCGGACGCCCGGCGGCGGGGGGCCGAGGAGGAGCGCCCCGCCCCCACGGCGCCCACGGCCGAGGCCGGCGCCGCGGGGGCCAGCGCCGCGGCCGCGGCGGCGGGCGAGGCGGGCCCCGCCACUGCCGCUGCCGCAGACGGCGAGCCCCAGGGGUCUCCUGCCGCCGCCUCCGCGGAGGGCAUCGGGCAGACGCUCAGCGCAACGGUGCCAGGCACCGCCCUCGCCGUGGUCGACGCGCCGCAGGCCCCGGCCGCUGCGGCCUUCGCGCCCGCGGGGGGCAAGCCGCUCAGCAUCACGGAGGUGGUCCGGGCGGGGAUGCAGCCGCCAGGCGGAUCCAGCCUGAUCCUCAACCUCAUGAGGCGGGCGCAGGCGCAGAAGGAACCCGCGCCGGCGCCGCCAGGGAUCGGGCUGAGGCCGCCGGCGAAGGACUUUGGCGCGGGACUGACUCCGAGAGAGAAGUCCGACCUGAAGGAGGAGGAGUUCAAGCUGAAUCGGGAGAUGAACCCAGAGCCAAGUAGGGAUGUUAUGCCCUUGCAGCUGCUGAAGGACAGAUGUCCAACCCCGUUCGGGUGGGUGACGUGCGUCAGCGACGACGCCAACAGAUCAUGGAUGUAUCUAGCAGAUAAAAAACAAGACAUUCAUGUUUCAGAUUUGCAGACGCUCCUGUCGGGCGUUAAGUGGAUCAACGUGGCGGGCAGUCCUGGCGGUGCAGUGACGCGAAAAACGAUGUGGUGGGUGAAAGAAGGUUGCAAAUGCCCUUACAAUUACGGCACGCACCGAGUGGAAGCAGAACCCUUCCCUGAUUGGUUCAAAGACAUGUCGAAGCGGUGGUUGUCUUGCUUGAACCUCAACGACGACACAGAUAGGGACUCCCGAUUCCCAGAUAGCGUGAACCUUAACUUGUAUGAGAAUGGGUCGCACAUCGUGGCAUGGCACUCCGACGACGAGCCAAUAUCCAAUCCGCUGUAGUCAGCAGGACACCCGCAUCAUCUCCGUGUCCCUGGGCGCCCCGCGGAAGUUCCAGAUAGGCCUCAGGUCCCCCCGCCGCGGCGGCAUCCUGAAGCCAGAGAAAGGCAGCACGCAGUCCUUCACCCUGGGGCACGGGGUGUUGUCGACGAUGGAGGGGCUCUUCCAGAAGCACUACCUACACCAGAUCGCAAAAGGUGGCGUGACCGGUGGCCCGCGCAUCAACGCAACCUUCCGCUACAUCGAGGACGUGAAGGAGGUGCAGGAGGAAAAGCUGCGCAGCACUACCUCGCUGUCGCAGGCUGGCGGCGACGGCUUCCGCGUCCGCGAGAGUGCCCUCGCGCGCGCGCGGUGCAGUCACUGCUCCGCGGCGUUGGCGCUUUCUCGCAUCGGAGUUGUAGACUCAGAGGGGACCGAAAUGAGUGUUGAAACA